AUUCUCAUGCGAUGAACAUUCCUCAGCUUGAAACCCACAUCCGUACGACAACUAGCACUCACCGUGACCAACUGAAUCUUUCGGACGAUGAUCUGGAAGACACUAUCAAACGUCUCCUUAUCGUGCUGUAUUCUUGCCACCGGCGUAUAUCAGAGGACCAGCUGACAUGUAGUUCGCCCUCAAAAGCCGCAGUUACACGUCGAACAAUUAGGAAGCACCUAUGGGAUGCUGUACAAGAUUGGGAUUUUACGCAUUCGGCAAGGAUGGUGAUUGAUCUCUGUUUUCCGGCUCAACUAGGAAUAUUAGGGAACGCAGGUGACCGACGAGGAUUCUCCACAAUAGAUAGGAGGAGCAGUGUUCCACCUGCCUACUCGGAUGUGACCGUAGCAAGUGUAGGGUCAGCAGAGAAUCCAGUACCAGACACAGCGCUCUCUGGUUCAACGACGAAUGAUGCUAGCACUGCCACGAUAAAGCCCGCUCCUACCAAUGACUCUCCUUUUGCCGUUCACUAUUCAGUCAAGGUGACAAGUCCCGCUGCUAGCAGCUACAUUUUUGACGAGUUGGGACCGAAAGAGGAAGCCACGCGAAUCAUCAAAACGGCUUUUGAGAAGAUCCUCAAAACCUGGACCACAUCAAUACGUAAGCCUCCAGCAAACAACCAAGCUCUCCGCUGGCCAUGGCAUCCAAUCGACUUGAGCCAUGAAACACCGGAACUACAGGGGAUCGGCCCAGAAAGUGGUCUUUGUCUAGUUGUGCACCACGGAAGUGAACAAUUUUCGGCGAGUGAUACGAAUAUCUCCACCAUAAUCCAAUAUUAUCUCCGUCACCCUAAGGCGGAGACUCAAGUCGACGUUCACUUCUCGGAUGAGAAACCGGGCGCCGAUAGUAUCCAACGAUCAGUCGAGCGGUCAUCCCUGUCGAAUGAUUUGCACAUGUUCUGCUCCUUUGUCAGAUAUCACACUGAGGGAAUAGCAACACUGUCAAAAGCACUGGUUACUUCAGCCCUUCGUACGUCGACAGGGACGAUGACAACGAUUUUGACCGCGUUAUGGCCUCUGACGGAUGCGCGACGGCGGUUGGAGGAAAAUGCGCCGAAUGGGCUUGUUAUUUGGGGGCCGGAUUCAGUGACGGACGAUUUGGACCGAAAACAGAUUGGAAAGGACAUCUGUAGUCUGGUGGAGUUGGAUGUUGUUAAUAACUGGUGUACGGAUCGGGAAUUGUGCGAGAAGGUGGACUAUGUUGUCAAUCUGGCUCGAGAGACUCCAUGGCGGCUCUUUGCGGUCACCCUAUCAAUCUCGUCAGAAAGUGCUGUAGCAGCAGAGGGUUUACAAGGAUGGGAAAGUGUACUUCAUCAGUACAAAAACAUUCUUCUCCUUGUUUUUUUGACAACUGCUGUUGAGCACAAAAAGCGGAGCCUGGUCCAUAAUGUAUGCCUUUCCCUAGGCUUAGAGUCAGUGUAUAUUCCGCGUCCCUCUCCUAAUGAAAAGGAACGACUUAUCCAGCACAUUGUCGAGAAUUACGCAAACGAUGACGCAACAAAGCUUCUCCCAAAAUCAGCCGUUACCUUCCUGGCUCACUCCUCCCUUAAUUUCUCGCGGGUCUCGCUUCGCGCGUGCGUAUACUCUAUCCUCGACGAGCAAUUUUGCCAGCGCAUCAAUGUGACUUCACGGAGCUCAUUCUACGCUGCAGUUGAUGUAGUUCCUUUCCGAGAUAUGCACGCGCAUUUACACAGGGUGGCGCGGAAGCAUCAAAUAUCAUAUAGUCAUCCGUCUGAGCUGGACGCCGUUCAUUCAGUGUGGAGAGCAACGUUUGACAGCCAGGAAGCUAUUGCAGAUCCUGAUUUAUUGGAAAUCAUGCAAAUGCGAUACACAGAACUUCGAGAUGAUUGGUCAAAAGGGGAUACGGCAAAGCAACGUACCCUCGAUGGAACAACAGGCGCAAGUGCGGACGUGGUUGGAUCGUGGAUAUGGGAGGAUGUGGUGUCUGCAGCAGCCUGUUUAGCAGGACGAAUGAGCGCAUCCUUUCUCAUGGGUAUACAUUGUUUGCAAGGGGCAAAAGAUGAUCAGGUCUCAUCGUUGCAAAGAAUACGGCUCGAUGCAUUGUAUCAUAACGACUCGAUUCUGAUCAUCAAUCUCGUCAACGUGGAAGUAUCAGGUGCAGUAGAAGCUGCACUUUUGAGUUUUCAAAGGAUGGUCGGUGGUGGCAGUGGCAAUGUGUAUAUUAUUGCAUGGACAGAUAAGCAGGAGGUAGCAAAAUCCGCAAGUGCUUGGGGCAGCCUAGUAAUUCGUUGUACAUAAGAUUGGCUUCAUCAUUUGGCCGUGUCCAUAUAUCUAUUUCCGC